AUGCUAAGUACCGAGCGUAUUUGGGGUUUCUGUGACCUUAUGAUUGACAAAAGUUUUGAUAUCAGCAAACUCCAAUUCAUUGAAAAACUUGGGUUUAACACUGUUGCUAUCAAUACAAAUGUUGCAGAAGAAGAUGACGAACCAAAAAAAAAGAAAAAGAAAAAUGAUCCUAAGGAUAAAAAAGACCACAUACCAGCACCAAUAACAAUACCAGAUGAUAUUAAAACUAAUUGCAAAUUGAACAUUUUACAAAGAGUUACAAUAGAGUUUUCUGAAUCAAGCAUUGCUCAUAAAAUUAAUCAAUCUGAAAAUAUUAAAAAAUAUGACAUUAUAGCUGUUUUGCCUAAAACAUUACAAGCUUUUCAAUUCGCUUCAGGUACCCUUGAUACUGAUAUAAUAACUUUUGAAGCCCAGACUAAAAUACCAUUUAAAGUUAGUCGUAAGUUGUACAGGCAAGCUGUGGAACGUGGCAUAUUUUUUGAACUUAUGUAUGCUCCAGCAAUAAGAGAUUCUACUUCAAGGAAAAACAUAAUCAGCACUGCUCAUAAUUACCAUGCUGUCGGAAAAUCUAAAAAUAUAAUAGUGUCAAGUGGUGCUGAAAAUUAUAUGCAGUGUAGAGGAGUACACGAUGUAAUUAAUCUUGGAUUCAUUUUAGGAUUAAAUAGUAACCAGUGUUUAGAAGUAAUAAAAGACAAUCCACAAAGGCUAUUAUUAAAAGCAAAGAGUAGAAGAGUUGGUAAAUUCUAUGUGGAAGUGUCUUCUCCAGAAAUAGAUAAUAAAAAUAAAUCAUCUAAAGAA